AUGUCAAAGAAUCCCCAGUGGGAUUACGGUCCAGAGUUGAUGGAGCCAGAUGUGUUCUACGAAAAACCAGAGUUAUUCACCCCAACCAACAAAGAGCUGAAGGUCAUUACCGUUGUUGGCGAUCAGGAGUUCAGACACUGUCUGAUGUCUAAUCCCUGUCUAAUGCAGGUGGCCGCCACCAACCCAUUUUUCAAUAAUCAAGUCUUCAGUCUCAAACUCAUCGAAAAGGCCUACACAUCUAAGGCCAACACCAAGCGCGCCUCUUGA